AGCGAGAGGAAAGAACAAAGAAACCAUAAAAGGGAGGAGAUAAGAAACAAAAAAAGAGAAGCUGUCUGUGAGAGUGAAAUACUGCAGAUAUAUAGAGAGUUAGAAAGUGAGAGCGUUCACAGUAAGAGGGAGCAGUAAGAAUAAAAACUAAAUUAAAAAAAGGAAAACGAGCAGGCUGAAGAUAGCAAGCAGAGAGAGCGGAAUUAGAUCAAAUAAAGGAGGUACGGGACCAAUGUAAGGAGAGAGAGAGAGAGAGAGAGAGAGAGAGAGAGAGAGAGAGAGGGGGGGGGGGGGGCUUCCUUGACACAUAACAAAUAUGAGACAUCUACAGAGAGAGAACGAGAGCAAGGCAUCUGUGGGAAGAAGCUGUUGCUGGAAAAUGUAGAUAGACACCGAGAGAAAAGAGGCGAAGGGAUCCAGAGCACGGAGGGGCCAGCACUGCUCAGGCAAAGGAGGAGGAGGAGGAGGAGGAGGAGAAGGAGAAGGAGAGGGAGGAGGAGGAUAGAAGCAAGCCAGGACUGUUUGAGGAGGAGAGAGAGGCAGCUCCGGAGGUCCACAGACAGCAGACUGGCCACUAACGCUGCUGAGGGACUGAACUGUGAGCAGGCACACUGAGACACGCACACACACACACAUCCUAUAGGAGGGUACGAGACAUGUCCAGGCUGUCCAUGGACACACACACAGGACGCCAGAGAGGACAGACCGCAGACGUCCGAGCCUGAGGAGCCAUGGAGAGCAGCAUGUUCUUUGGUAACACAUGUCAAAAUGGCCUCAUGCCUGCUCUGAUGCGUCCAGCGCUGCCAGCCUUCCAGCCCUCACUGGGCAUGAAACAGUUUCUCCCAUUUCCCUUGGAUACCACCUCAGCAGUCAGCCUCCUCCCAGGAUUCAACACGAUGGACCCGGUGAAGAAAGCCGUCCUACAUCACACUUUCAGACUCCCUCCCACCGCCAAGAGGAAGCAUGUCUCCUGCAGCGUUUGCCAGCUAAGGUUCAACUCACAGAACCAAGCUUUGACCCACUACAAGGGGACCAAACAUGCCAAGAAGCUAAAAGCCCUGGAUGCUCCCAAGAGUAAGCUCAAACGCUCUGUAAUCUCCAAGGCAACCGCCAACCAGGAAAUGGCCAAGGUCAUCAACACCUCGCAAGUCCCCAGCGGCCCUGACAAGAAAGAUGGUAUUCCUGGAACCUCGCCACAGCCUCUAUCCCCUGUUCUCAGAACAGCACAACCCCUGGCACAGUCAGUGACCCCUGCAGUGACAACGCUGGCACCAGUAGCCUCGCCUUUAGUCCAUAGCACAAUGGCAGCCGCAGCUCCGGAGACUACCUCAGCUGCUGGAGGGGAAGAACUUUUAUCAAAGCUCAGCAUGGCCUCAGAUCCAGAUUUGGAGCGAGAGGCUGAAACAGAAGCGGCGACCGACACAGAAACAGAGGAGGAAAAAGCGAGACGUCUUCUCUACUGUUCGCUGUGCAAAGUGGCCGUCAACUCGGCAUCACAGCUGGAUGCUCACAACAGCGGUACAAAGCACAAGACCAUGCUUGAGGCCCGAAGUGGUAUGGGUUCAAUCAAAUCCUUCCCCCGGCCAGGAGUCAGAAGCAAACUAGCCACGUCUUCGAAAUCCACAACGGGCCUGCAGAACAAAACAUUUUACUGUGAGAUGUGUGAUGUGCAUGUCAACUCAGAGAUACAACUGAAGCAGCACAUCAGCAGCCGGCGUCACAAAGACCGAGCAGCAGGUAAACCAGCCAAACCCAAGUACAGCCCGUACAGCAAACCGCAGAAAGGCCAAGCCAAGCAGCCGAUAAAGUUCUCCUUGUUUAAGGACAGACAGUCCCAGCCUCUGUCCACCCAGAUCCUGCCUGCUCAUCUGGCAGCAGUAGCUGCAGCUGCUGCCGCCAUCAGAAACACUUUCACACACCGCACGAACCACGCCCCGACGUCUGCCUUCUUCCAGACACAGACCCUCCCUGCUGCAUUGCUCCGCCCGGCCCCGGGGCCUGUCAGGACCUUUCACCCACCAGUCCUAUUUGCCCCAUACUGACCUGUCAUACCCUCUUCUUCACCCAGACCACAUGCAGGUGUAACGCCGGCGUGUAUACUCCUUCUAUGCAUUUGGGAUUGUGAAAAUGUCCUUACAGAGAUGAGACGUCCAUACCCUCUCAGCCCGACUUAUCUGGAACACAGAGCUUUCAUUAAAGCUAAAUCAGACCGAUCUCUCACAGUGGAUCUAACCCUGUGACGUGAAUUCCACUGAAAGCCAGAGUGAGUCCACUUUGUCGCCCUGCAGCCCCCGGCUAACACCCCAACCUACCCCACACCUACAUUGUUCUGCAAUAAUAUAUAAGACUAACCCUGUAAACUAUGCAGUGUCAUUAUUUCAUGAUGCAAGGCACAGUUUGAGCUGAAACGGAUAAGAAUCUGGUCAUUGUAAAGAUUAUGAUCAUUGGUUUAGUGGAGGUUACCGUCGCUCUGAAGUUAAGAGGGUGAUACCGAUCACGAGAGCUAGAACGGCCCUCCUCAGUUCCCGUUUGCACUUUAAGCCCCUCCUCUGUUGAUGUCGUCAUUAGAUGGGUAGAUUUUGUCAGAGUAUGUGUCGUAUUUGUGUAUUUGUCCUUGCAUAACCUUGUGUGUGAGCGUGCGUUUCUGCAUGUGUGUACUUUUCCACACGAGUUUGUGUAUUUGAGUGUAUGUGUGAGUAAGAAGCUUUCCAUCAUCAUCAUCAUACGUCAUCCUAGCUGAUAUCCAGCACACAUUGUCACCGGCGGUGUCUCGUUAGCCAAAGGGACCACAAAAACUUGUGUAUAUUACCUGUCAGUGUAUAAAAGGUGAACAAUUUCAAAUAAAAGAGUCCUACUUUGUUAAUGCUGGUGAUUCUCUG